AUGUUCUAUAAAGCCAAAAUUUGGAUUAUGAUAGAGCCAGUGGUCUCCAGUAAAAUCUGUAGGCCUUAUGUUGUAUGGAAUACAAAUACUGGAGUUGCUGCUUGUAGAGAUACAGGGUAUGAUUGGUUUGAACAACUUCUUCAAAAUCUGUUGAAAUCAGAAGAGGAUGCCUCGUAUAAACCUGUGAAGAAAGCCUGUACUCAGCUUGUGGACAAUUUGGUUGAGCAUAUUCUUAAAUAUGAAGAAUCCUUAUCAGAUUCUGAUAACAAAGGAGUGAAUUCUGGUCGCUUGGUUGCUUGCAUAACCACUUUGUUCUUAUUCAGCAAAAUCAGGCCCCAGCUAAUGGUCAAACAUGCCAUGACCAUACAGCCAUACCUGACCACUAAAUGUAGUACGCAGAAUGAUUUCAUGGUGAUCUGCAAUGUUGCAAAAAUUUUAGAGCUUGUAGUGCCACUAAUGGAGCACCCAAGUGAGACCUUCCUCGCCACUAUUGAGGAAGACCUCAUGAAACUAAUCAUCAAAUAUGGCAUGACGGUUGUUCAGCAUUGUGUGAGCUGCCUUGGGGCUGUUGUGAACAAAGUGACUCAGAACUAUAAAUUUGUCUGGGCUUGCUUUAAUAGAUACUAUGGUGCACUUUCAAAAUUAAAAAGUCAACACCAAGAAGACCCCAACAGUACAAUAGUUACUGCCAAUAAACCAGCACUCCUUAGGUCACUUUUCACUGUUGGAGCACUGUGUCGGCAUUUUGAUUUUGAUCAGGAAGAUUUUAAGGGCAACAGUAAGGUUAACAUUAAGGAUAAAGUACUUGAACUGCUGAUGUAUUUUACAAAGCAUUCAGAUGAAGAGGUACAGACAAAAGCCAUUAUUGGCCUUGGAUUUGCAUUUAUACAACACCCAAGUUUAAUGUUCGAACAGGAAGUGAAGACUCUCUACAACAGCAUUCUUUCAGAUAAGAACUGUUCAGUAAACUUAAAAAUCCAGGUGUUAAAAAACCUCCAGACCUACUUGCAGGAGGAGGAUACACGUAUGCAGCAAGCAGACAGAGACUGGAAAAAAGUAGCAAAACAGGAAGACCUGAAAGAAAUGGGUGAUAUUUCCUCAGGGAUGAGUAGUUCCAUCAUGCAGCUAUAUCUCAAACAGGUCCUUGAGGCUUUCUUUCAUACUCAGUCCAGUGUACGCCACUUUGCUCUAAAUGUCAUUGCACUGACAUUAAACCAGGGUCUCAUUCAUCCUGUUCAGUGUGUGCCGUAUUUAAUUGCUAUGGGUACAGAUCCGGAGCCCUCUAUGCGAAAUAAAGCUGACCAGCAGUUGGUGGAAAUAGACAAAAAGUACGCUGGAUUCAUUCAUAUGAAAGCAGUGGCUGGUAUGAAGAUGUCUUACCAGGUACAGCAGGCAAUUAAUACCUGCCCAAAAGAUCCUGUAAGAGGUUUUAGACACGAUGAAUCAUCCAGUGCCCUGUGCUCUCACCUAUACUCCAUGAUCCGAGGGAACCGUCAACACAGACGAGCUUUUCUAAUUUCUUUACUCAACCUCUUUGAUGAUACUGCAAAAACAGAGGUGAAUAUGCUCUUGUACAUAGCAGACAAUCUAGCCUGUUUUCCUUAUCAAACACAGGAAGAGCCACUGUUCAUAAUGCAUCAUAUAGACAUUACACUGUCAGUUUCUGGUAGCAACUUACUACAGUCAUUUAAAGAGUCUAUGGUGAAAGACAAAAAAAAGGAAAGAAAACCUUCAUCAGACGAGGAGACUGAGAGUGACAGUAACAGUGGUAGUGGGAGUGAAAGUGAGGAGGAAGCUUCUAAGCCUCGGAGAUUACGGAAACGAGUAGACUCUGAUUCAGAUUCUGAUGAAGAAAAUGAUAUAAAUGCUGUGAUGAAGUGUUUACCAGAAAAUCCAGCUCCUUUAAUCGAAUUUGCAAAUGUCUCCCAAGGCAUAUUACUACUUCUGAUGCUGAAACAGCAUUUAAAGAACCUCUGUGGAUUCUCUGAUAGUAAGAUUCAGAAGUAUUCUCCAUCUGAAUCUGCAAAAGUUUAUGAUAAAGCGAUAAACAGGAAGACAGGAGUGCAUUUCCAUCCAAAACAAACUCUGGAUUUUCUGCGGAGUGAUAUGGCUAGUUCCAAGAUCACUGAAGAAGUGAAGAGGAGUAUAGUAAAACAGUACUUAGAUUUCAAGCUCCUUAUGGAACAUCUGGAUCCUGAUGAAGAGGAAGAAGAUGGAGAGGUGUCAGCUA